AUGAUUAAGAUGGUGGUGGUAGUGGUAGGGGUAGUAAGUAGUCGUUGCAGCGAAGUACCCGGAGGUCUACCGGGUAGUGGAGGCAUGUUGCUAGCAUGUGCCGGUUGUGACAAACCAAUAUUAGAUAAGUUCCUUCUAAACGUCCUCGACAGAACGUGGCACGCGGAAUGUGUGAGAUGUCACGAUUGCAGAGCGGCAUUAGCUGACAAAUGUUUUAGUAGAGAAGGAAAACUUUUUUGUAGAAAUGAUUUUUUUAGGAGGUAUGGUACAAAAUGUGGGGGGUGUCUUCAAGGUAUAUCACCGAGUGAUUUAGUACGGAAAGCUCGAGAUAAAGUUUUUCAUUUAAAUUGUUUUACUUGCAUGGUGUGCAGAAAACAAUUGUCCACAGGUGAAGAAUUAUACGUUUUAGAUGACAACAAAUUUAUAUGUAAAGAAGACUAUUUAACAGGGAAAACAAGUUCCGGCUCUCUCGACGGUGAUCCCGAAACAAGGGAUUCACAAACGGAAAAUAAAUCACCGGACGAUGGUAAUUCGGGGUCGAAAAGAAGAGGGCCAAGAACAACAAUAAAAGCUAAACAACUAGAAAUUCUUAAAAAUGCCUUUUCACAAACGCCAAAACCUACAAGGCAUAUAAGAGAACAAUUAGCCAAAGAAACUGGUUUACCAAUGAGAGUCAUUCAAGUAUGGUUUCAAAAUAAAAGAAGUAAAGAAAGACGACUGAAACAAUUAACAUCCAUGGGUAGGGGACCAUUUUUUGGUAGUUCGCGUAAAAUGAGAGGUUUUCCAAUGAAUUUAAGUCCCGGAGGUUUGGAUGACGGACCUCCCGGAUUUCCUUAUUUCGCUACUGCCGAUGGUAAAUUCGAAUUCGGGUAUGGCGGACCGGGUUUUCAUCACGAUUUUUUUCCCGGACAUCAUCCUCAUCAAGGACCGGGAGGACCUUUACCUUUUCCCGGACCAGGAGGACCCAUGGAUGGAAGCAUACCCAUGCACGGAGGGGAAUUUGGUGGUAUAACGCCGGAACCACCACCGGGUUUCAUGCCCGGACCACCGCCUGGACCCGAACAACAGCAACAGCAAAUAAUGUCUCAAAGAUCGAGCCCCGAAUUUAUAAGCACUCAACUAUUAGGUGGUAAUAAUGGAUUUUCAGAUCCUCCAACGUCGCAAAAUGAAGGAUUGGUUUGGUAG